AUGAUGCUAAAUUCAGACCAGACAGAGAUUGACCUCCAGCCGACACACUCGGAGACAGAGUCGGUCUUUAGUGACUGUGGGGGCGGAGGGGGCCGUGGGGUCGGGACAGAAGAGGCCGGCACUCUUGGCCUUUGCAGCCAGUCCAGAGUGGUAGAGUCUGGCGAUACCAUGAAAAAAGACCUUCAACACCUGAGUCGGGAGGAACGCCGGAGGCGCCGGCGUGCCACAGCCAAGUACCGGACGGCCCAUGCCACACGGGAGCGGAUCCGGGUAGAGGCCUUCAACAUGGCUUUUGCUGAACUUCGCAAACUCCUACCAACACUUCCUCCAGAUAAGAAGCUCUCCAAGAUCGAGAUCCUACGGCUGGCAAUCUGCUACAUCUCGUACCUAAAUCAUGUGCUUGAUGUCUGA